AUGGCUAAACAAAAAGUUACAACCAAAACUACCAAAAGAUAUAGAUAUUCGUCUUUCAAGGCUAAGAUCGAUGAUCUUAAAAUUGAGCCAGCUAGAAAUUUAACAAAAAGGGCUUACGAUUAUGUCGAGACAUCUCACUUAUUAGCCUCUUUUGAUCAUUGGAAAGAAAUUAAUUUAAGUGCUAAUUUUGCUAAAUUUAGCGAUGAAAUAGAAUCAAAUAUUCAAACUUUGCCACAGAUCUUGUUUCAUCAGAAAGAUAUUAUAAAUACCCUUACAAAAUAUAUCGAUAUGCAUGAUGACAACUCUUUACAGCCACUACUUGACAUGUUGGCUCAACUUUGCCAUGAUUUAGGUCCUGAUUUCAUGCCUUAUUACGGACAAACCGUCACUUCUUUGAUCAACAUGUUGGAUGAAGCAAUUAAUUUUGAAAAGACUUCUGUAUUUGAGUGGGGAUUUAACUGUUUGGCUUACAUUUUUAAAUAUUUAUCAAAAUUAUUGAGUGAAGAUUUAAUACCAACAUAUACUUUAUUAUUUCCAUUGUUGUCACAUUCAAAAGAAUAUUUAUCAAGAUUCUCAGCUGAAGCUAUGUCAUAUUUGAUCAGAAAAUCCAAUUCAAAAAAUUUAAGUAAUUUUAUUUCCUUUUCUCUUAAUCAAUUAAAAGAGUCUGAAGGUAAACAAUUAUAUGAUGGGUUAGUGACAUUAUAUACGGAAUCAUUAACAUCCAUUCAAGAAUCAUUACACUCCAAGGCUAAGGUUAUUUACAGCCUUUUGAUAGAAAAUACUCUGACUGAUCCAGAAAAUGAAGAAAGUACUGCUUUAUUGUGUGACAUAUGGUUAAAUAUUUCAAAAUUUGGCUCUUCUGAAAAUUUAAUUCCCUUAUAUAAUGGGGUUACAGAUAUAUUAGAUGAAAAUUUAUCUGUUAAAACUUCAAAUGCAUCUAUUAAACUGAUUUGCGUCUUAUCAUUUUCGGAAAGUGGUAAAAAGGUUCCAAGUUGGGAUGUGAUUACAAAAUUAGUUGGUAAAAUCAUUAGUUUAGGAGAUGCCUCCUUUUUAGAUCAAAAGGCAUUAUCGUUUUUAUUUGCAACAUUGUUCCGUAAUUGUGAUAUUAAAUCCAUGACUACAUUUCAUAAAAAGAUUUUUGACUUUUAUUUGACUAACAACCAUGAAUAUUUUAUUGAAUUUUUUUCAUGUGCAUUGGAUGUCAGCAGUGAAAAAGUUAUUUCUUUUAAUGGCUCUAGAUAUUUACAAAAAUAUGUUAAUAACAGAUGGAAAGAAAAUGUAACAAAGCUAUCAUUAUUUUUAUUGCAAUUAGAAGGUACACCGGACAUGAAUAAUAAGUUAAAUAUCAACUUGUCAGAUGAUUUUAGUGAUUUCGCAUUAAAAAAUAUAAAUGAAUUGGAUGUCACUUCUGAACAAGGAUUAUAUGACAUAUUUUGUAAUUCUAUUCUUUUGAGAUAUAGCAAAAAGAUCGAUUCAGAAAUAAUAUUUAAUAAAUUGACAGAAUUAGUAAAUCUUAAGGUGAUUAAUGAUUUUACGAAAGAUGUAUUCGGAAAGUUAUUGUUUUUGACUAACACACUGAAGGAAACUCAAACUUGUGAGUUACUGACCAAAAUUUUUUUGCAUAUCGAACAUUUUAAGAACAGUGGAUUUUUUAUUGCCGGAUUCCGUCAUUUUAUUGAGUCUUUAGAAACAAAAGACUCAAUAAGUGCUAUAUUAAAAAGUUUUAAUGAUUCAAUUUUAGCUUUAAUCACAAAUUUAUCAUUACCUGAUUCCAAAAUUCGUUAUGAAACGAUGAUAUUAUUAUCUAAACUUUUAGAACUUCAAGGAUACGAAACACCAAAUUUGUUGAAUGAAUGCAAAAUAAUAGAGGAAAUACCUUUAACUUUACAAAAUGCUCGUGAUAUUACGGUAAGAAUUAGAAAAAUGGGUGAAGUAUACCAAUCUGUAACUACUGAUGAUUUUGUUACAAAAGUCUUUUUCAACUAUUUAUUUGGUCUGUUAACAAUACGUUUUUCCCCAGUUUGGGAAGGAGUCUUUGAAAUUUUACCAAAUAUUUACUCAGUUAACCAAGAUUUGAUGUGGAAUCUAAUUAAACAAAUUUUGAUUGCUCCAGAUAAUGAAUAUCAGUUAAAAUAUUACGACACUGGUAUGCAAGACGACUCUGAUAUUGAUGCAUGGACUGUAAGAGUUACAAGAUUUAACGAUUUAUUGGUCAGAUUGUCUAAUAUAUGGUUAAAAUUCAACUUUUCUGAUGCAUCCAUAAUUGAUAUUUCCAAAGAGAGAAGAGGAAAUUUGAUAUUCCCAAUACCAAUCAGAUCACAGGCGCUUAAAGUUAUGUCCUUGAUGCCAUCACUAGUCGAACGUCAUUCUAAGGAUGUUGUACCAUUUUUAUUGAAUGAUGGUAGUUCUGUUGAGAAAAUUGAUGAAGAUGAAGAACAGCUUACAUUUAUGAAUGCUUCUAAAUGGUCUGAUAUGGACAGAAAUUCUCUACUAAAGGUUUUUGCAAAGUUUAAAAAUCCGAAAUCAAUAUUUAAAUCAGAUGAAGUUCAUUCGAGAUUAAUGUUCCUAUUGAGUAGUGGUAACAAUGAUGUACAGAAAUUAGCAUUGGAUGCUGUGUUUCCAUUCAAAGAACCAAUUUCAGUGAAAUAUAGGAAUUUACUUAAAAAUUUAUUAGAUGACACUCUAUUCAGAGAUGAAAUUUCUAAGUUUGCUGCUACAGAUAAUGCCAAAAUGGUAGAAGAUUCAGAUGAAGAAACGUUAAUGACGUACGUCUUGCGAAUCAUAUUUGGUAGAGCACAAAUUGCCAACGGUAGUGGUGUUAAAAAAAGUCGUAAAAAUGCCGUUAUUUCUAUUCUACCAACUCUAAAAACCCAAUAUAUUAUUGACUUCUUCAAAUUAGGUAGUAAUAGAUUUGAUAGUGAGUAUUACUUCUUAAAUGGCAACAAUAUUAUUGAGAGUGAAAUGUCCAUCAGCACAAUGAAAAGAAUGAUAGGGUUUGUUAAUAUUGUAAAAAACUCAUUUUCUGUUUUAGGUUCAAACUUUCCUUCAGUCAUUGAAACUUUAAUUCACCCUCUUCUUUAUUCUAUUGCUGCUUCUAACUAUGUUAUUUCAAAUUCAACAGAAGAAGUAUCAGAACUGAAAAUUGCUACGCAAUUAAGACAACAAGGUAUGAAAUGUUUAGAUAGUGUCUUCCAAUAUAUGGGAGAGACUCUAAACUGGGAUCCAUACAGAAAUUCUAUUUAUGAAAUAGUAAUUAAACCACGUUUACCCAAAUUUAUGGAUGAGAAUUUACAACAAACUUCAGCCAUAAUGAAUAUAAUUACGUACUGGAGUACUAAAAAGGAAUUAUAUCCAUUUUUAUGUAUGGAUGACUUCUCAGCAACUAGGGCUCUAAUGAAUACAUUAAUGAACACCAAGGCAAAGGAAUCUGUAAUCAUGGUCCUUCUCGAAGCAUCAAAUAAUAUUGUAGUAAACCCAUCAGAGGAAAGCUCAUAUAUUGAAUUGGUUACUCUGAUUGCUUCAACAUGUUUAAAAGUUCUUCCUGAGUUAUACAAUAAAUUAACAAAUACUGAUUCAGUGUCAGUUGCUAUUGAUUUACUAUUGAAUAUAACAAAGGCCGGCUAUGUACAAGAUAAUGAAACCCGGAAGUAUUUUGUCGAUUCUUUGACCAACAUACUAGAUUCUAAUUUGAAGAGGAUACGUAGUAACGACGUUCUAAAAAUUUUGAAGGUUGUGGGCAAUUUAAUAAUUGAUUACGAUUCUUUAUGGGAGGAUAUAGAAAAUCUCUAUAAAGUAAUAGCAAGUUUUUAUAGAACUUUCAAUGAAAGGGAACAUAGGCUAGCUUUGAACAAUAUCAUGACUAAUAUAGCACAUAGAUUCCAUGAUAUUCAACAAACGACUGAACUAUUAAUUAAAUUAAAUUCUUAUUCACAGAGGCGUAUCCUUGAAUAUGAUUUCCCAACAAUACUUUCAGCAUACAAACAAAUUACAGAUCAUCGCUACAAGGAUCUGACGGAAAAUGAAUGGUUACCUAUUCUAUACACCAGUUUGUAUUAUAUAAAUAACAAUGAGGAAUUGGCUCUAAGAGCAAAUGCGACGCAUUUGAUUAAAAAAUUUAUUGACUAUAUUAAUGAAAAAUCGAAUGUUGAAAAUGCUGCGAAAUCCGUCGCAGUUCUAAAAUCUGUAAUGAUGGUACAUAUACGUUCUGGUUUGAGAAAAUAUGAUGAAGAAAUUCAGGGUGAAUAUAUCUCAAUCGUUGCUUAUAUUGUAACCAACUCAGUGUACUAUACUGACCUGGAAGAUAUGAAAGUUUUAUUGUAUAAUAAUGACGAAGAAGCUAACUUUUUCAACAAUAUUUACAGCAUUCAAUUACACCGUCGUCAAAGAGCAAUUAGAAGAUUAAAAGAGUAUGGUGAUAAACUAAGUUCUGCAAGUAUUUCACAUUAUUUGAUCCCUAUUAUUGAACAUUAUGUUUUCACUAAAGAGGAAAAAUAUUCUUCUAUUUCACAAGAAUCUUUAGAAACCAUCGGUGCUUUAUCAAAUUUUAUUAAUUGGAAUCAAUAUAAAGCAUUGUUAAGAAGAUAUAUUGCAAUUUUGAAACAUAAACCAGAUAAUUUGAAAGAAUCUGUAUUACUUAUAAAUGAAGUUUCUGUAUCGAUAAAGAAUACUCUACAGUCUUCUCGAAAGGUAACCGAAUCAGUCAUGGUUCUAAAAAAUAUACCGAACAAUUUAUCUGAAAUAGAUUCCUUCGUGUCAAAUGAAAUUUAUCCCACUCUGUCUAAGAUUUUAGGAACAAGAAAUACUGAAACUAUUAUUGAGAGAAUUCCAUUAUCAGAAGCUCUAGUUAAUUUUGUUUUAGGAUUAGAGACGGACUCCACCUCGUCUCUAUUACCAGGUAUAUUAACAAGUAUUUGUCAAAUUUUGAGGAGUAAAAAUGACGAUUUACGUGAUAUUGUCAGAAAGACUCUAUCAAAAAUUGCUGCUAUUGUAGGACCGGAAUAUCUAGUGUUUAUCAUUAAAGAAUUAAAUAGUGCACUACAAAGAGGUUCGCAAGUCCAUGUCCUAAGUUAUACUGUUAACUAUAUAUUGAAGUCAAUGGCUCAACGUUUGAAGCAUUCAGAUUUAGAUGCUUCAGCAAGAUUAUUAGUAAACAUUAUUAUGGAAGGAAUUUUUGGAACAACAGGUCAAGAGAAAGAUUCCGAUAAUUAUCAUACUAAUGUGAAAGAAGUUAAAUCGAACAAGUCCUAUGAUACCGGGGAAAUCUUAUCAGCAAAUAUAUCAUUACCUGUUUUCGGUACUCUAAUUAUGCCAAUUCGUGCCUUGUUAUUAGAACGCAUAAAUUUAAAGUCACAAAAUAAAUUAGAUGAAUUAUUAAGAAGAUAUGCACUAGGUUUGAAUCAUAAUGAUGAUGCUAAUUCAGAAGAAGUUCUAAAAUUAUGUUAUGAGAUGUUUGAACAGUCUAAUGUUUCAACUAUGCGUAAGAAGGAUAAUAGAAGUGCAGAAGUGCAAGAGAAGGAAGAUUUUUUCAUGGUAAACUUAAAUUCCAAAACUGAGAGGGUUGAAACUGGAAGCACAUUGUAUCAAGAUACCAUGCAAAAAUUCUCUUUAGAUCUUCUACGCACAGUACUUUCAAAACAUACUAACUUAUUAAAUGCAGUAUAUGUGGAGGGAUUCAUUCCUCUAUUGAAAAAUACAAUGGUAUCAGAAGAUGAAAGUGUGUUAGUUAGUUCAUUCCGAGUACUGAUUUUAAUGGUUAAACUGGAUUUAUCCGAAGAAUCAGAAGCCUUAUUCAAGAACUAUGCUCGUAAGAUUUUAAAUAUUAUUAAAGAUUCUCCAUCAACUUCUACUGAACUAUGUCAAAUGGGACUGAAAUUUCUCUCAUCAUUUAUACGUCAUAAAGAUAUUGAGUUAAAAAAUACAGCGUUGAGUUAUGUCUUAAACAGAAUAUUGCCUGAUCUAAAUGAGCCAAGUAAACAAGGUCUAGCUUUUAAUUUCUUGAAGGCACUAAUUCACAAACAUAUUAUAUUGCCUGAAAUAUAUGAUGUUAUCGAAUCUGUUCGAAAAAUUGUAGUGACAAAUCAUAACAAAGAAAUCAGAGACAUUUCAAGAAGUGUAUUCUAUCAAUUUUUAAUGGAAUAUGAUCAAAGUAAGGGAAGACUAGAAAAGCAAUUUAAGUUCAUGGUUGAUAAUUUACAAUAUCCAACUCAAGAGGGUAGGCAAUCAAUAAUGGAAUUAAUUAAUUUAAUUGUAAUGAAGGCAAAUCCAGCACUCUUGGCUAAGAUAUCGUCAUCUUUUUUCGUUGCUUUAGCCAAUGUAACCUUUAAUGAUGAAUCACCAAAAUGCCGUGAGAUGGCUGCUAAUUUGUUAGGCAAUCUAUUAAUGAAACUUGAUUCCGAGAGUUUGAAAACUAUAGAUAAAUAUCUGAUGGCCUGGCUAAAUCAGUCUCAAGAUAUAAAUUUCUUAAACUUAGGUAUGAGAAUUUACAAGAUUUAUUUAUCAAAUUUGGGCUUAGGAAAGAAUGAAGCUUUGGAUGCUUUGGUAAUUGCAAAAAUUAAAUCUAUACUAAGCAAUACUGGCGCUGGAUCAGACCUUCCUUGGGAUAUUAUUUACACGGCGAUGUCUGUAUACUCGAUUUACAUUCAAAAGACGGAUGCUGUAUAUGAAGAAGACUUCAGCUCUACUUGGGAAAAUAUUAUAAGUACCUUAUUGUAUCCACAUGCGUGGGUAAGAUUAUCAGCUGGCCGUUUAAUUCACCACUUGAUAACAAAUCUAGGUAAGUUUAAGAAGCAGUUUGAUGAUUAUGAGAUUCAAACCAUUGCACAUAGAAUUUUACAUCAACUGUCUGCUCCUUCUAUUUCGGAGAGUUUAUCUGCGACAGCAAUAAAGAUUUUGGUAACUAUUGCAAAAAAGUGGUCAGAAAAUGGAACUAUGUAUAUCAAUAAGAAUGACUUAACUUCAUCUGAAAGAACUACCGAAUAUAUUGAUGCUUUAGAUUACUUAGUUAGUAGGGCAAGUUCAAUUAUAAGAAGCGAAGAAAAUCACAACGAAUCUUUUAUGUCUAAAAAGUCAUGUAUUCAAUUGCUGGCCAUGUUAUUGCAAAUAGUGAAUGUAUCACAACUGGAAAGCCUAGCUGAAAAAAUUAUUUUGGCACUGUAUAUCAACACUGAGGGCAGUACUUAUACACGCUUGAGUGAAGAUCAAGAAACUUUACAAAAUUUAGCUAACGAAUGUAUGCAAAUGUUAGAAUCCAAAUUAUCAGUAUCUAGCUUCACCUCAGCUUAUUCAUCAGCCAAAUACACUAUCUCGAUGAGAAGGCAAGAAAGAAGAACAAAAAGAUCCAUUUUAGCAGUAACUGCUCCAGAUGUUGCAGCAAAUAGAAAACUAAAAAGACAUACUCGCUCAAGAGAGAAGAGAAAAUUUGUGAAAGAUGACAACGGUUAUUAUCAACAAAGAAAUAAGCAAAGAAAAACCUAA